AUGGGGAACUUCAACAUCCUCUUCAUUGUCAAGAGGGAGCUGAGCCUCCAUAAGCCCAUGUGCUAUUUCCUCUGCAUGCUGGCCGUCACUGAUCUUUUACUAUCUACAUCAACUGUUCCGAAAACGCUGAGCAUCUUCUGGUUCAGUUCCAGGGAGAUAGAUUUCAGUGCCUGCCUCACCCAGAUGUACUUCGUUCAGUGCUUCUCAGUGAUGGCGUCUGGAAUCCUUGUGGCCAUGGGUUUUGAUCGCUAUGUGGCUAUUUGCCAUCCCCUGAGAUAUUCCACCAUCCUGACAAAUGCUGUGGUGGCCAAGAUCGGCCUGGCCGUGGUGCUGCGCAGUGGUUUGCUUGCAUUGCCCAAUCCUAUCCUGGCGAGGCAGUGGCCAUAUUGCAGAACCAAAAUCAUCCCCCACACGUACUGUGAGGGCAUAGCUGUGUUGAAGGUUGCAUGCGCUGACAUACGGGACGUCCAGCUCAAGGCUUUUAGGACCUGUGGCUCCCACCUCUUUGUCUUCUUAACAUUUUGCAUCCCAUCUUUGUUCUCCAUCAUCACGCACCGGUUUGGCCAGAAUGUCCCCCUGCACUCCCAUGUUCUCAUUGCUAACAUGUACGUCCUGGGGCCUCCCAUGCUGAACCCCAUCAUCUACGGGGUGAUGACCAAACAGAUCAGAAACAGGUUGCUCUGGUUCUUCACUCAUAAAGGGACCUAA